AUGGAGGAGAAGAGGUUCCGAUCAUGGAGGAGAAGAGGUUCCGAUCAUGGAGGAGAAGAGGUUCCGAUCAUGGAGGAGAAGAGGUUCCGAUCAUGGAGGAGAAGAGGGAGUGGUCCACUAAAUUUCAAGGUCAAGCAGAAUGAUGGAAGUUUGCCGACUUUACUCUUGAAUCCAAACUCAUGGACGAAGGUGGCGAGCAUACUCUUUGUAGAUUUGCCUGUUGGUACCGGAUUCUCCUAUGGAACUACCUCUCUUGCUUCUAAAUCUACUGAUUUGCAAUCAUGUGACCAAGCCUAUGAAUUUCUCAAGAAGUGGUUGAUUGAUCAUUCAAAGUUCUUCUCAAACCCUAUUUACGUUGGUGGAGACUCGUACACUGGCAUUACGAUUCCAAUAAUUGUUCAACUAAUAUCAAAUGGAAACGAAGCUGGCAUUGAACCACUUAUCAAUCUCAAGGGAUACUUACUUGGCAACCCAUUAACAACUCCAGAUGAUAGAAAUUAUGCAAUCCCAUUUGCACAUGGAAUGGGACUUGUUUCAGAUGAACUCUACGAGUCAUUGCAGAGAAGUUGUCAAGGAGAGUAUUUCAAUAUAGAUCCCAGUAAUGCACGGUGUUUGCAAGAUUAUCAAGCUUACUCUCAGUGUAUUGAUGGACUUUACCGUAAUCAAAUUCUGGAACCAUCAUGUGGUUUUGCUUCUCCAAAGCCACAAGAAUUGUUUAGUGAUAGAAGAUCUGUCAAUGAGAAAAACAUAGAGCCUGUUGUUCGUCAACCAUCACCCUGUGAUUCGAGUUCUACUCAUGCAUACAAACUUUCCCAUUUGUGGCUUAACGAUGAUAGAGUCCGAGAAGCACUCCAUAUCCAAAAGGGAAGCAUAGGGGAAUGGAUAAGAUGCGACUAUGGAUUGCCUUACACUCAAUUAAUCUCGGACAGUUUCCAAUAUCAUGUGAACCUCAGCACUAAAGGUUACAAAUCUCUCAUAUACAGUGGUGACCACGACAUGAUAGUUCCAUUCUUGGGAACCCAAGAAUGGAUUAGAGCUCUCAACUAUUCCAUUGUUGAUGACUGGCAUUCAUGGUGGGUCCAAGGUCAAGUUGCCGGUUAUACAAGGACUUACUCCAAUCGGAUGACAUUUGCUACGGUUAAGGGAGGAGGACAUAUAGCUCCAGAGGAAAAACCUGCUGAAUGUUGUGCUAUGUUCGAAAGAUGGAUUUCUAAUCAACCUCUAUGAUCAAUCUUUUACCUAACCCAAAUGGAUGUGCCAACGCCUGAAAGUGUGAUCACCUUCAAGUUGCCAAAAUUCCAAUACGAGACAUGGUCUUAUCUAUUGAUACAACUAUUUUUAUAUAAACACCAUUUUUUAAGGGUGCAAUGUUUGUUAUUUUUCUAUGAGAAAGUGAUCAAUAAAUGGGUAGGCUCGUAUAUUUCAACUGUC